UGUGGCGCCUCCUAAUGGAAGAAGCUGCAAGAAAAAUAAUGAAUAGAUUAUUAAUAAUGAUAAUAUAUUAUUUUUAUCCAAGAAUAGAUAAUUUAGUGGUAAAAUAUGUAACAGGAUUUAUGGCUUACUAUGUGUGUGGGGGAAAGUAAAGAGGUCUCGUACAUCACUCUAUAAGCUGCUAAGUAAAAACAUCACUUAUAUGUAACAGUAGAAACCAAACAACUGUUUAACAUUUAAAAUAAAUGAGGGUUAGACAACAACAAUCCAUACUGAACAUUAUACAAAUAUUGAUCUAACAAAUAAUGCUAAUUGGGCAACAACCAAUUUGUAAUUAUAAGGUGUGUAGUCCAUGUACACUGUACCCUACAGGAACUACUACUGUAAUCUGUAUUUACAGCUCAGGAAGUUCUGUGACAUCAAAAGUUAGACUUCUGAACUUUAUUAUUUUCGACAAUCACUGCAUUUGGCAGACCCUUUUAUCCACUAUAUCCAGCACUGGUUUGAUAAAUGCUCUCGGACUAAAAGUAUCAUCAGUCUGAAGUCAUUUUCAAAAUAAUACUAAAGUGACAAGUUUCCAAGCUGUUCGCGUAUCUAGUGGCCUUUUAAAGAUCUUCUGCUGUAUUGUCUUGUGAUAUAUAAACAAGUUGACCAAGGCCAUCCUGCUUUCUACAUUUCCUUGUUCUUUUUUCUUCUUUGACUCACAGUGCAAACACUUCUGUCAAUGUUAAACCAUAGAUAGAUAAUAACAAAGCUUUGAAUGCUAAUUAAAAUUUUAAAGCUGCAAAUGGAAGCACGGCAUAUGAAAUUGUAGAAUCUAUAAAGAGAAGUUAAUAAAAACAUACUAACAGAAAACUGGAGGAAAUAUUUCAACCCAGUUACAGUAUAAAAGAACAAACUUACAGACAUUAAAUGUACAUUAUUUUAAACAACUUUAUUACCGCUUUAUCUCUGUAUCACUGCCCUGUGACUUUGUUUGCCUUGAGUUCACGGUUCAAAGUACUAUACUAAUAAAAGAGAAUGUAAUUGAGAAUGAAGUUAUUCUACCAGGAAGAAAAUACAGAACUAGUUUGAGUGACUCAUAUAACCAAUAACAGUAGAACAAUACUUCUGCCUUCAACACUGUUUUUGUGCAUCACGUACUGAUAUGUAAAUCCAUGGCCUCAUAGUCGUCACAGAGGUUAAUAUAUGCACUCUCUCUGUCAAAAAGCUUUGGAUAUCUUUCAUGCACGUCUGUGUGAUUUUUUUAUCUGAAGCCUGCAGUAGAAACACUGCCAAAGAACGAGUGAGGUGAAGUUGUUGCUAGCUCAGAGAUUACACUAACAAAUGUGUCAGAAGUGUGUGUGCUACCAGAGAUCAGGGUAAAAGAUGCUAUUCAAACAAUCACAUGGACUGGUCCAGAAUCUUGUACUACCUCUCAUAAUUCUUGUUUGUUUUGGAGGAGUGUUCUACACUUACUACAAGCCAACCAUUAGCUGGUUAUCAUGCUCUAACAGUCCAGUCCCCACACCUACAGACUGCUUGGAUAAAUGCUUCAGCCUGAUGAAAAACUUUAACCAGAGUAUGAACACCAGCACUGCUGUUAGUAACUACACUCCAGCAGUAAAGCAGCAACUACCGAUUGCCACACAAACUCCCAAAGAAGAAAGUAAGGAAAAUCUUGAAAUCAUCUCUGUGCUGAUUUGGCCAUGGCCUUUCGGUUAUAAGUUUCAGGCAGAAUCCUGUGGUGUAAAGUUCGGUAUUGAAGGUUGUCGAUUUACAGAUGACAAAAACCAACAUGACAAAGUCCAUGGUAUUAUGUUUCAUCACAGAGACAUCGGUGGUGAUUUACAGACCAUAACAACCAUGGCACGACCUCCACACCAGAGAUGGGUGUGGAUGAACAUGGAGUCUCCUGAGAAUUCAGGAAGAUGGGGCGAGUUGGAAAAUGUGUUCAACAUAACAUCAAAUUAUCGAAGAGAUUCAGAUAUCUGGGUACCUUACGGGAGACUCAGAAAGGCCACUGAGCAGGAGAAAAACUUUCAAAUUCCACCAAAGGACAAAACUGUCUGCUGGAUCGUCAGUCACUGGAACCCCAACUUUAGACGAGUGAAAUAUUUUGAUGAACUGACCAAACACAUUAAAGUAGAAGCUUAUGGUAGACACUUUAACAGGUUUGUCAGUGAUGAAGACUAUAAAGCGACCAUGUCCAGCUGUAAAUUCUACUUAUCAUUCGAGAACUCCAUUUACAAAGACUACAUCUCUGAAAAGCUGUUCAAUCCUCUGACCCUCGGUGCGGUUCCUGUGGUUAUCGGUCCACCAAGGGACAACUAUGAGGAGUUCAUUCCAGCAGAUUCUUUCAUCCAUGUGGAUGAUUUCAAAACCCCUCAAGAAUUGGCAGAAUAUCUCACAUUAUUGGACCAGAACCAGACGUUGUAUGAACAGUACUUCAACUGGAGGAAAGAAUUCAUUGCUGAAAGUUCAUAUUUUGGUCUAGAACACGCAUGUCGAAUUUGUCAAUAUAUAAGAAGCUAUACGGGCUACAGAGUGUUUAAAAAUCUCAAUCAGUGGUAUUUUGGUUAGCUAGCAGGAACCUAAUGGAGCUCUUUUUAACCCCACAAUUGUUUCAAAAGGUUUAGGAACAUUUUCUGUUUUCAGUAAAUGUGAAAUUUAGAAGCCAGUUUUCAUCUAGUCUUUAACAUUAGGGGUCGAUACAUCCAUUAUCCGUUUCCACACUCCUUCUUCCUUCUACACACUACCUCUACUUCUGCCUCUUUCAACCCAAAUCUACGCUUAAACACAAUCCCCACAAUCUGAUCAUCUGAAGCCUUGGACACCUGGUCAUUCUGUUUAAUGUUUAUAUUUUAGGGAUUUUUUUUACUGCAGGGUGGAAACGGUGUUCAGUGUUUCAGUCAAGGGUUAAUGGAUGAAUUAAUUAUUUAUCUGGUAGAACAAUUGAACUAUACACAAUAUACAUCACACAUUAUAAUUUCAAUAAUUCCCAUCACACACUGCUUCCAUAAACAGCAAAUCCUCAGCUCAUAUCCUGUUGUAUUUCAUGGUCAUUGUAUUAAAACCAUAUACCUGGAUUUAGAAUAAAAUUUUAAGAUCUGCAGUCUUUAAUUUAUCUGCACUUUAAUUUAAUAUUUAAAAUCUAAAUUCUCAGGUAAAGCUGUAUGCAAAAGUUUAAACAUGCCCAGAUGUUUACACCUAUGAAAUAUAUAGUAAUAGCAUUAAUACUUGCAGAUUUGGUGCUUCUUUUUUCACCUAUAAAUCUGCAAUACGUCUAAUUUAGGAGAACCUCAGAACCCCCCAUGGCUCUGUGCCUCGCUUAGAAAGCCUUAAAUUUAACCAUGGAAUACACUGUGACUACUACUGAUGUUUACACAAUAACUUGAAGAAACACUCCAUAAACAGACCAUGACCUGUUUCUACCAACAUGAGGACUAAAGGUAUUUAUCCUAGUGUUUAUUAACAGUACACUGUGCCUUCAUGUGAUAUGAUACACAACCUACCCAUGUUAUUAUACAACCCAAUUUUUUUGUACUUACAUUUAAUAAUCUUUUAAUACAAAGCUUAUCUCGCUCACACAGCACUUUAUGUCUAUGUUAACUACUGAAUAAAGUUACUGUAUAUUUUGACUACAUGACAAUCUCUGGUACAAGGGGAAAAAAAAUUCUGUUUAUGUUUAUUUGUAAACUAAAAGUUUGGUGUGGUUGUUUUAAAACUUUAAUAUAUACAAAAAUGAAGAGUUAAUUAAAUUUACUAUGUAAUAAUGAAAGUGGGGGGAAUCAGCAUUGACUUUUUCCUGUUGUGUGAUUAUACAGUGCCAUAGAAAUGUUUUUGACCAAAUAAACUCUUCUGAAAACA